AUAAUGUGUUUUUAUAUGAUUUAUAAACGCGUAGCGACGUUAUAGGCCUCGGCGGUUGGUGAUUGUGUCGGCCAGCCCUCUCAUCUGACGAGCGAUUUAAUUAUUACAUUGUUAUCGGAGCGAGAAGAACUUGGAAAUUAAACGUUUGCCGAAGGAGGGCCUGGGUUGUUUUAUUCGCGAACAAAGCCCUGAAAGGAAUCUCAUUUUUGAUUUAAAAAAAAUAAAUAUAUAAAUGUGUGUGUGUGUGGCCGACGUCGUUGUUCUCGCUCUCAGCCGCCGUCCAGUGCCUCCCUCUUCGGGGAAGACUUUGUUUGCGCCGGCCGACGCUCCAUGAAUGCAAGUGAACUGAAGUCCUCCCUUCCCCCCCACUUCUCUGGCGAAACAGGAACAACUUCUUUUAGGGGAAAAAAAAAAAGUUCCUGGAGUUUCAAGCGCCAUGGAAUUACUUUGUCCGCCAAGAGUUGGUCCAGUGAGGCGCUGAGAUUUCAGGAAGGGGGGAAAGUCUAGUCUUUUUUACUUGUGCUUUCCGAUUUUAUUUACAUAGUUUUAGCUUUGUGGAUGUCUGUUUGUGUGUGUGUGUGUUUUUAGGACGACUUCCUCGAGCAGUGUGAGUAACUUGUAUGGCUUUGUGCUCUGGGAGCAAAACAUGGCAAAGAAUGUGUUGAGUGUUUUCUUUUCUUUUCAAACCGAUCUUCUUUUUACAUUUAAAUUGACUUGUGAGUGAACAAAACCUCACAGAUCAUAUAGUAAAUGACAUUGCGUGGAAAACGGAUUCUAGUAAGUGUCUCUUUUUUCCUGUUUUUAUCAAAAACAUUUGGCAUGUAAUCAAAAACAAACAUCCCUGUUAAUGUCUAUUUGGCAUCGACUGCCUUUAAAAAGAAGAACAAUAAUGCUGUGUUUUCUCCAUCGUAAUUGUAAAGAUACAAAUCUCAGUGCCUUUUGGGCUUUGUUGCAGUUUGCAUUCUAGCCCUGGAGCUGAUGCUGUUUUCCAGAGCCACCUCUGACUUAGCGACUGUCUUGUCCAAGCACCGUCUUGAAGCUUACCUGCCAGUUGCUGACAUUGAAAAGCAGACCUUCCUUUUUUUUUUUUUUUACAGGCCUCUGGUUGGUCUCCUCAAUUGCUAGGCAACACUGCCGUGUGCCACCCAGCAUAGUCUUUAUGCCAUUUCACAUUUAUUUCUUCCAUGGCCACGACGUCUGCUCCCUUUUUCUUUUGAUUUAUCGAGGGGUCUCCUUUUCACUCCCACCCUGGAUAAGCGGAGGAAGUCCUCUUUGAUGCAAAGAAGCAAGGCGGCUCUCGGUGGAGUAUCAUCCGCUGUUUUGUAGUCCCUUCUGUGUUCGGCAGUCGAUAACUGAAGUAUGAAUGAGUGUCUGGGUUCAAAAAGGCGACGCAACGCUGUUACCGUAGCCCCUAAUGACCUACGCUUUACGGGUGGGGGGGGGGGAUGUUUGCUACAUGUCGGUCUUGUCAACAUGAGUGACUUGAGUGCUUUUCCAUGCCGUUUUCUUGUUUGUGUUUCACCCGAUGAGCAAAGUUGUCUCCCUCUGUUUCCAGGUGUGAAUGACUUGUGGCUGUAAGGUGUCGUGAGUGGCCCCAGGUUCCUGCACAGCCUCAGUGGCUGACUGCUGGGAGGAGUCGAGUGGAGAGCAGACAUCAGUGCCCAGGGGACCUGAGGCCUGGUUCUCCAUAUGAGGCCCUGCUGAAAGGGCAGGGGGGCUUCUGAGUGUGCCCAAGGGCCAUUGAAAGCCCCCUUGGGGGAGUUUCAUAAAUACACACCGAACAAGAAAAGACUUUUGGACUAUUGUUAUCCUUUCUACACACACACACACAUAUAAAUUCACACACACACACACACACACACACACACAUACAGGUGCACAAACCACCCACACAGACAAGAUCAUAGAGAGAAUGUUGGAGGUCCAAGAGGAGAGGCCAGCGGCGGCAGGUACAGCAGCGACACAUUUCAACAAGAAGGAGCGAGGGAAGAAAGAGCGAGAGGAGGCCAAGGACGCUCGGGGAAACCUCUCCAACAUCGGGAAUCCCGUUCCCGGCUCCAGGAACGUGCGCGCGAAGGCGCCACUCACGCACGCCGGCAGUCCCCACCAGCUGAUCACGCCCCCGUGUUCGGUAGUCCUGGGAGCCCCAUCAAUGCACUCCAAUAGGCUGAAGAACUCCCCAUCCGCCAACACGCAGAGCCCCAAACCGAAGACGGAGGCCAUGGUACGCUCACCUCCCGUCAUGUCCCCCUCCACCGCCACCCAGAUAGACUCUAAAAUGCCCAAUCAGGGCAAACCGGGGAGCACUGGUAGCCAAUCACAGCCCUCACCCUGCGACCCCAAGACCCUGGGUUCCAAAGGGGCUCCGAAUGUGACGGGGGGCAUGGGGCUGAAGAACGGCCAGGGCCUGACCUCUGGCCCGAGCUCCAAGGUUAAAGUCAAGCGGGAGAGGAGCACCUCGGUGGAGUCGUUCGAGCAGCCGGAGAGCGGCACGCCCACGAGCGAGGAGAAGGACAGCAGCAGGGUGAAGAGGAUGUGUGUGGCAGAGAGGAGGCAGCCGUACAGUGGAGCCGACUGGUGCUCCGGGGGAGAAAGUGACGAGGAUGACAAAGGAUUCUUCAACUGUAACUCCAGCGACGUGAAGCCCCAGGACUCCGUCUCACAUUCUACUUCCAACCCCGGACUCAGUCGCUCCUCCACACCCUCCCACAAUGCACUGGGGGGCCAGGGCUCGACAACGGAGCCCGCGAGCGGCCAGAAACCAGCCACGAAACUUGUUUAUGUCUUCACCACGGAGAUGGCCAACAAGGCGGCUGAUUCUGUUCUAACUGGCCACACAGAAAACAUCAUUGCCUUCCACAUGAAGAACAUCUCCAACAGCAAGGACAAAGCUCACCUCCUGAACAACGCAGCGAGCGCCCUCCGGAAUGACGCCAAGCCUCCCCAGCAGCUCCCGUCCCACGCUCAAGAUCAAAGCCACCAGCCUGGGUCCAAGCCGCCCUUACCCGGCAUGGCGGAGCCGACCACGCCCCAGCCUUCAAACCAAGGGAGCCAGUCUGGUGUUCUCCCUCAGGACGGCUCGUCCUCCGCCGACAUGGAAUCCAAAAACCUUCCAGGCAGCAGCCCGAGUAACGUCACCGCUCCAGUGGACCAGGCGCCCGUCGCCCAACCCGAGGCGGGCCUCAACCCGCCGACGGCAGUCGAGGGAGGGCAGGUCGGCGGCUCCGGGGGAGUGGGCCUGACCCCCCAGCAGCAGCAGCAGCAGCAGCAGCUGGCCCAGGAGCUGCUGAACAUGGAGGCCAACACAGAAGGCCUGUCCCAAGAGCAGCUGGAGCAUCGCCAGCGCUCCCUACAGACCUUGCGGGAUAUCCAGCGCAUGCUCUUCCCCGACGAUCGCGACGCCCCGCAAGCCGGGCCCCCGCAGCCCCACGAUGGAGGUCCCGAUGGCGCGCCCCGACGGGCCGAGCAGGGCCCCUUACAGGCCAUGAUGGCGCAGUCUCAGAGUCUCGGACCGCCGGGCGGGCCGGGAGGACCUCGCCCACAGGGUCCACCCUUUGGCCCCCCGCACGGUCCGCCCCUCGGUCCCAGGGACAUGCCCCCGUUUCCGCAAGAUGAAAUGGGCGUGCACAUGGGGGGUCCGGGGGGCUGUGGAGAUGGAGAUCAGAUGACCCCAGAGCAGGUGGCGUGGCUGAAGCUGCAGCAGGAGUUCUAUGAGGAGAAGAGGAAGAAACAGGAAAUGCAGCACCGGCCACUCCCUCCAGACAUGAUGAUGCACCCCCAUGGCCCACGGGGCAUGAUGCGAGGCCCCCCGCCUCCCUACCAGAUGGGCCCGGGAGAGAUGUGGGGAGGACCAGGUGGUCCACCGGAGCACUACCAGGAGCGCAUGAGCAUGGGCGCCGGCCCCAGAGGUAUGCCCCCACAUAUGCAGAGGAUGCCUGGCUUCUCUGGGAUGAUGAACCCUGAAAUGGACGGACCCCCGAGGCCCGGAAUGGGCUGGCCUGACGACAUGCCUCCCCGCAUGGGAGACGCACGAGGCUUCCCCGGAGGACCCGGGGCAAUGUUUGCCGGUCCGGGGGGUCGAGGCGAGCGCUUUCCAAAUCCUCAGUCGGUCCAGGAAGCGAUGUUCCACCAAGGGAUGGGCGGAGAGAAGGGCAUGCCCCCAGGAAUGAUGAUGGACAUGCAGAGGAUGAUGGGCCACCAAAGAGGUGGAAUGGAACCUGGCAAUGGCAUGGGGAUGUUUCCCAGAAUGCCCGGCGAUGGUCCUAUGAGUCCAUCCUCCAGGCUCCAGGGGAUGGGGGGAAGAGAAAUGGGCCCCGAGUUUGGCACGGGCCCCGGGCCGGGGCCUCAUAUGCAACCUGCCAAGCUACGAGAUCCCAUGAAUAUGAGUCCGGACGAGAUCAUGAGAAUGAGAGGAAGCGGAGGACCUCCGAUGGAGAACAUGGGGCCACAAGGCCGGCCCAUGCAGGGGCCUCCCUUCUCCGAGCAGUCACAACCGGGAGACUUUCCCAUGGGGCCGGGGCGGCCCUUCCCAGGGGGUCCCGGAGGGAUGAGGGGUCCGCAUAUUGACCAGGCCUUCGGUCCAGAGCACAGAUCUACCCCAACGGGAGGCAAUGGCCGUAUUAACCACCUCCCUCCUGCCGGGGGUCCUUCACAAGGUCAGAGGGGCCGCAAGCCAGCAGAUCUGAAUGUCCAAGCGGGAGGGGGGAACUCCCCCAGCCUCAACCCACUCAAGUCCCCUCCUCUGAGGCAAGUGCUCCCCAUGAUGGGCUCUCCCUCUGGAAACCUUAAAUCCCCCCAGACACCGUCCCAGCUGGCCAGCAUGCUCACCGGGCCCACCGGUCCCACCGGUCCCACCGGUCCCACCGGUCCCAGCGGUCCCAGCGGUCCCACCGGGCCCACCGGGCCCAGCGCCCCUCCGCCUCAAGCUUCAGCGCCAAUGAAAUCCCCCCACUCCAUCAUGGGCUCAGCUGGCGCCUCCCCUGUUCACAUGAGGUCUCCCUCUCUUCCAAACCCCUCCCCGGGAUGGGCGUCCUCGCCAAAGCCGCCCAUGCAGAGUCCCGGCGUCCCGCCUCAGGGGGGCAAGCCCCCCCUCAACAUCACCUCCCCAAACAUGAUGGGUGGCAUGGAGCAAGGUGGCAACGGCCCUCCCUCAGCCCCGCCUUCAUCAGGGGCUCCACCCGGCGCCAUGACCCACCAGGGCAACGUUCCGUCUGGCGGUCCGUACACCAUUCCCCCCGAGCCGACCCUCUCCCAGAACCCUCUCUCCAUCAUGAUGUCACGCAUGUCCAAGUUUGCGAUGCCCAGCUCCACGCCGCUCUACCACGACGCCAUUAAGACGGUCGCGAGCUCCGACGACGACUCGCCCCCGGCGCGCUCCCCGAACCUGCCUUCGGUGAACAACAACGGUAUGGGAAUGAAUCACCAAGGCAAUCCACGUAUGAUGGGACCCGGGAACGCCGGACCCAUGUCUGCCCUCAGCCCUCUGGGCAUGAAUCCAAUGGCCUCCCAGCCCCUCUCCCAUGGCAUGCCCUCUCCCAAUGCUCCCAACAUGGGCCCGGGCAUGAUGCCUCAUGGCAUGAUGAUGCCGUCAAAUCCCCAAGACCCCGGUAUGGGAAACCCCCAGAUGAUGCCCCAGGGACGCAUGGGUUACCCUCACCGAGGCCAGGCGUACCCCCUCACCCAGUCCCCUUCCCAGCAGGGCCCCUUCUCCCCGCACAAUGGACCCGGUCCCCAAGGCUUCCCCGGCCAUCCCAUGGGCUUCCAGGGAGACGGCGGCCCGAUGGGAGGGCGGAUGGGAAACAUGCCUCACGGCGGAGGGGUCGACGGGGGCAUGUGCAAGCCCAACGCCCCCGGAGGGCCAGAGUUCAACAGCAUGCAGGGCGGAUUCAGUGACGUCGACCUUCACGAGGUGAUGCGGCCGGGAGCCUCCGGCAUUCCCGAGUUUGACCUGUCCAGGAUAAUCCCGUCAGAAAAGCCCAGCCAGACUCUGUCCUACUUCCCCCGGAGCGGCGGAGACAACCCCGGGGGGAAGCAGCCACACCCCGCCGGCUUCCCCAUGCAGGGCAUGACGGCCGACGGGCCGCCGAGGAUGGGGAUGUCCAUGCAGGGGAUGGGGGGGAUGCCGGGGGGGCCCGGCGGGGGAAUGGGCCCCCAAGACAUGCCAAUGGGCAACCCGGGCCACAACUCGAUGCGGCCCCCGGGAUUCAUGGGCCAAGGCAUGAUGGGCCCCCAGCACCGGAUGAUGUCUCCCGGAGGUCCGGUAGGGAUGAUGCAGGGAAGACAAAUGGUCCACCCGGGCCCCGGUGGCUCGCCGAACAUGUCACUGCAGGGCAUGGGGGGCCCUCCACAGCAGAUGAGGCCGCGGGACAUGGACAUGGGGUUCAGUCCGGGCCCCGGAAUGUUCUAAUCCCGCAGAAACCUCGUCUGUCGAAUGUUCCCGGACAAUACGCGAGGAUCGAGUGACGGAGGCGGUGUGUGGAGUGUUCAGAGAACCCUGAACUCGAGUAAAGGAAGUAUAAUACAAGAGAGGAGGCACCCAGAGGCCAACGCGAGGUCCCGGGGGAACGAUUCCAACGGCGGCUCGGACACGCCCGGAUCGGAGUACUUUUUGCCACAAGAACAUUGAUUUUUGCCUCGUGAACUUCCGAAUGUUUGGGGAUUGUUGUGCAUCAAUUUCUCAAAAAAAAACUGUCCUUGUGGUUUUUUUUGUGUGCAUUAUUUGACGAUAAACAUGACUUUCGACAUCGAAGAGGAAUCGAGCGUACUCAGUCAGCGUGGAGAUGCUACAGUAUAUGUCUACUUUUUUCAAAUAAAAACAAACAAACAUUUGUCAUGAAAGUGGUCUGGAACAAGAGGAAAGGAAUAAGAGUUUGUGCUUCGUGAAGACUUCAAAGGAACGCCAUCUUGUCUCUCGCUCCAUUGUUUUGACUGUUCUGUACAGUAUAUCCGUGCGAGUGCGUGUGCUUGACAGACUGUAUGUUUGUGGUAUGUGUGUGUCUGUAUGUAUAGGCAUUCUAUCAGUGACCUCUCAACUCCUCGUACCCAACUUUCACUGGGGGAGGAACGCCCCCUAAAAAUACUGUUCUGUUUACCAUGGUGGGCUAUUCGAAUUUUAGUCUAUUUUAAUUUCCUUUGUAACUCCAGUGUAUAACAAACCAAACUAUGACCUCAUUAAGAUAAUAGUAUUAUUAAAAAAGCACAAACAUG